AUGGGAGACGACUUCUUCAAGUGGCUCCAGCAGAUCCGGUUCUCUCUUCGAGACGCUGGUUUGUUGGGAUACCUCGACGACACCGUCUCGAGGCCUUCAGAGCCGGGCCUGAAACAAAUUGACUUCGACAGAGAGCGAGCCCUUGUCAACAACGUGAUCUAUAGCUCUCUUCACAUAAGCGUGCAACAGGGCAUCUCCUCUAUGUUCACGAGAAACUUCAACUCGGUCUCCCCUCCAGAACUCAUCCGCGCGGUGAACACCAAAGUAAUGUGGCCAGCGCUGUACUACACCCGCUUGGCCACGUUUAUACGGAUCCCAUCAACUCGCUGGCUGCCUGAAGACGAUGCUCGCGAGGUGAUGCAGGAGGUUCAUGACGAGUGGGACCUCAUCAGGGUGUGCGAGCGAGGCGUGUCGGACGACGUCUACAUCGGAGUCGUGAUGGCUUUGCUGCAUGGGACCGAACACGAGGAUGACCUUUUGGGAGACAUUGUGGGAGAGAUGGAGCAUUACAACUUCACCGCGUCGGAGCUCCGUGCGUGGCUCACGGCACGGUUCGGCCUUGAGCAGCCCAUCUGA